UCUAAUGGUGUUUGGGUCCUUUCGAAGUCGAUGUGAACCCUGUGCACGUUGUAUGCGCUGCCAACGGCCGACGAAAAAACAAAAAGGGUUCUUGCACCGCACCCAAACGACUUGCAACAACAAAGCGGGCCGGAAUAUUCUUGAUGCUGGUGAAUCCCCCUUGCUCACAUGCAUGCACAGAUCUGAAAAAUCUGUGCCUUUUGCCGUCCGUGUAUGUAAGUCCUCCCCAAGGCUUGGCUUCGAUUGCAAGAGAAGCGUCGAAGUCCUUGCUCGCGGGCCACAAAAAAAAAGUCUGGAUUGUGACAUGCUCCUCCACCUCAUGAGCCAACGCACAAUUGAUGAACGCCCACCCAUUCCCGGGGCCGUCUCACGGCUGAACAAAAAUGCCUCGCUGAAUGGGCACAAUCUGAUCUCCCCCCAGCCCGUCAAUAUUUCAAUACUUCCAGCUUCUUUCAGGGAAGCAGGGCGGAUUUGGAUCCAUAAGCAGAGUCUUCUGAUCCAUGCAUAUAGUUGUACCCGUUCCACCAGCAAAGUACUAUGCAUGUCUGCAACGCGGAGUCCAACUAGCUCUGUUCGAACCACCUAGUAUGAACGGGUCGAGUUACAUAUGUAUUUCCAUCAGUGUCGGUGACAUUG